UUUAGAGGGAAAGAAAGAAAGGAGAGAAAGAGAGUCCAUUUAUGGAAGCUUUUGGGGAUGAUGAAUUAGGGUUAGUUCUUAAGAGGGUUAUUGAUAGGAAUGAUAGGAAAUCUUGUGCUCAGGUUUGUAACCAGUGGUUGAGGGUAGAGGGCGUAACCCGUUUGGCUUUACGUAUCUUAGAACCAGAACUCCUUCGUAAAUUCUUGCCCAGGUUCCCUAACUUGAUUACUUUGGAAGCAGCUGGAGGGAUCACUAAUUUGGACCUUGAAUUCAUAGCAGAAACUUGUCCUGAUCUUCAGGUGCUCAACCUAAAUCUUCGUCAAACGCAGAGGGUUCUCGAUGAGUUCGAGGAAUUGGGUGCAAACGAUGUUGGUGAUGAUGGCGUCUGUGCGAUAGCGAUUGGUUGCCCUGCUUUAACCCAGGUUUGUCUGCGUAGACGGAGUCGAAUGGGGAACGUGGGAGUUGUCGACCUCAUCAAAUCUUCCCAAAAUUUAACGACUUUGGAUCUGGCAAAGUGUAAUAAGAUCACGGAUCAAGCAUUAGAAGCCAUUGGAGCAGCGUCUUCACUGCGAGUUCUCAACUUACGAGGGUGUUCGUUGGUUACCGAUUGGGGUUUGGCUUCAUUGGCCACUGGAUCAACAUCCAGAACCCUAAAGAAAUUGGUUCUCACCGAGUGCGAUCAGAUUACAGAUCAUGGGGUUUCAUUACUGCAGCAAAUAUAUUUUUUGCAGGAAUUGAACUUGGCGGAAUGUGGGCCGAGGGUGACUGAUACCGGUGGUGUUGCGAUUGCUGCAAUUCGAACGCUAGAGCGUUUGGAUUUCUCUUGGUUGAUCAACAUUUCGGAUAUAAGCCUUCUUGCGAUUGCACAGAAUUGCCGGAAUCUGGUGGCGAUCGACGUCACCGGUUGUGAAUUGCUCACAGGAGCGGGGAUACGUUCCUUCUCGAACCACAAAUCGUUGGAAGUUCUUGUGUUGGCUUCCUGUUACAAUGUGUGUGGUGAGGAUGUGGAGCAGACAGUGCUCGAAUGCCGAUCCUUGAGGCACGUUGGGCUGGACAGAGGAUUGAGAAUGUGGAUGCCAAUGUCCAUGCAAGAGAAUUUAAGUAGGAUUUGUAGAUUAGAAUGGCGGUGAGACACAGACAUAAUCCUUAAAGGAGAGAAAUCUGUUCCACAUAUCAAGCUCUUAAGUAAAGCUGCAACUCAG